AUAGAUAAAGAAGGCAAAGGUGAACACAAAGUUGAGCGCGAAUUCGAUAAUUUCACUCGUUUUUCUCCGUUCCUCGCCGCUGGAUCAACCAUAUGGCGGAAUUCUUCGGUAUCACGCGAAAUAAUUUCAGCCGGUAGGGAAAUAAUUUACAUCCUUGCGCACACCUAGGCGAGAAUUUCGUUUCUGCUAGUUUGCUCGAUUGUUUAGAAGAGCUCGGUGUGGAGUGAGACACCGAAAGUUUGUAUGUUUUACGAAUGUUACCCCAUAUCCACGUGGAAGCGCCAACAAGGAAUGACACUGAACCGGGACCCUGAUAUAAUAUGCUUCAAACAUUGCGGAAGGAAAAUUUUCGUCUUUUCUGUUCCCUCACAUUGUCCGGUUUGCAGUCUGCCAUUAUCACAAUCCAAUGAAGUGCAACCAUUUACGCUACCGUACCCCUUCGUCAACGCAACGCAAUGUCCCUGUUCGGUUGUUCUCCGGUCGUCCCACGGAGACUUCCUCAGCAACUUCCAGAACAGUGUCAACCUGCACAUUGCCCUGACUGACUCGUGCGGUUCGAUAGUUGAGUUCGACAGUCCAGGUUUGUUGUGGACGCCGGCCAGGAACGUGGACAAAGCCCAAUGGAGGCAGUGUGUGCUGAUCAUGCAGGUACCGGAAGCAUGGUACGCCGAGUGGGAUCAAACUCUGAGAAAUGUGAUAGAUCACGAGGGUUGGAGACGAAAACAGUAUGACGAGGAUCAUGUGAAUUGCUAUAGUUUUGUUUUGGAUUUUCUUAGACACUUACAAUAUGAAGACACUUCGCAAUUUGUUCAUGAUAGACAAACAUUCUCUACAAAAUUCGUUGUGCCAAAAACUGCAUAUGCAGCCAAGUUUAUAACAAUAUUUAGAAGGAUUAAAGAUAAUGGCUUUUGGCCAGAUGAAAUCAAUAGUGAAUGAGGUUAAAUAAAUUAGGGACAUUUAUUAUCAAAAGUUUAUUUUACUGAACAUUGUAUGAUAUCUUUAUAGAAAAUACUUAGAAAAUUAAAGGGGAAUCUGAAAAAUUUUGAAAAGCCUA